UUACGGUGAGUGAGUGUGAGAGUCUGUAUGAGAGUGUGUGUCUGUGUAGAUGCGAUGGGAUGUCACACAGAAUCGUGGAGCUCUCUGUGUCAGUAAUUAAAGGAACGUGGUGAAUAACAGGAGGAGGGACUGAGAGCAAGGCAGAGAGAGAGAGAGAGAGGGAGAACAGAUCUCUUUUAAAAAAAAACAAUGCAAUCCAAUCGUCCCAGGAGCAUGCUGCAAAUAGUGGAAAGAAAAUAUAUAAUAUAGGAAGAAAAUUGCAUCACACACACCCCAGCACAAACAGAGAGUGUGUGUGUGUGUGAGAGAGAGAGAGACAGACAGAGAGAGAGAGGGACUUCGGCACAGAAGCUGCUGCAGGCUAUUCGAGAAAGAGUGAAUCUUUCCAUCCCUCAACAUUUUCCCAUUGAGUUCUGGAGUCCUCAUGAUUCUGGGUCAUUGAGAAGGAGAGAGAGAGAGAGAGAGCCGAACCCGCAGCUUUCACACAGGUUUUAAGCCAUGAUGGUGGAAUCUGCAUCAGAGGCAAUACGAAGCACUUCAGCCAAUCAAAAUGGAGUUAGUAGUUUAAGCAGCCAAUCAGAUGGUGGAGGGCGAGAAGGUGGUUCGAAUGGGGAUGCAAAUGGCGAAGUGAGUCCUGUGGACUUGUUGCAUCUGCAACAGCAGCAGGUUCAGGCUCUUCAAGCAGCAAGACAGCUUUUACUUCAUCAAGCAACAGGACUCAACUCUCCCAGCGCAAAUGACAAGCAACAGCAGACCGUACAGGUGCCUGUAUCCGUAGCCAUGAUGAGUCCACAGGUGAUCACCCCACAACAGAUGCAGCAAAUUCUGUCUCCACCACAGCUGCAGGCGUUACUGCAGCAGCAGCAGGCAGUCAUGUUACAGCAGCUUCAAGAGUAUUACAAGAAGCAACAGGAACAAUUACACCUUCAGCUGCUCACUCAACAACAGCAGCAACAACAACAACAACAGCAACAGCAACAGGCCAUCAAACAGUCAAAAGAGCAGCAGUUGGGGAAUAAGCAGCUUGCCUUCCAGCAGCAGUUUCUUCAAAUGCAACAGCUUCAACAACAGCACCUUCUAAACCUCCAGCGGCAGGGACUGGUGACACUGCAGCCUGGGCAGCCCACAGUACCACUACAGACACUGGCACAAGCAAUGUGUCCAGCUGACCUUCAGCAACUUUGGAAAGAAGUGACCAGUGUGCAAAGCAUGGAGGACCCUCAGAAGAGUGAAAGUCUCGACCUCUCAACCAGCAGCUCCACCUCUACCUCCUUCCUAUCCUCUAAGAGCUCACCUUCAAUAUCCCAUCAUCCUUUGUUGAAUGGGCAGAGCUCUGUUCACACUCCAAAGAGAGAAAGCUUGUCACAUGAAGAAGCCACAGGUGUUCACCCUUUGUUUGGACAUGGAGAAUGCAAGUGGCCAGGGUGUGAAGCUCUCUGUGAUGACGUGGGACAGUUUCUAAAGCACCUCAGCAAUGAACACGCGCUCGAUGAUCGCAGCACAGCCCAGUGUCGGGUUCAGAUGCAAGUUGUACAACAACUUGAAAUCCAGCUGUCAAAAGAGAGUGAACGUCUUCAAGCCAUGAUGGCUCACCUGCACAUGAGGCCAUCAGAUCCAAAGCCUUUUGCGCAGCCUCUGAAUCUGGUGUCGAAUGUCACGCUUUCCAAGAGUUCUUCAGACAUUUUCCCAGAAAGUUUACCUCACACGCCAACCUCAGCUGCCACACCUAUCACCCCUGUGAGACAGGGGCCCUCUGUCAUCAGCUCGGCAAGUUUACACAAUAUGGGAGCCAUUCGGAGAAGGCAUUCUGAUAAAUACUGCAUGCCGUUAUCUUCAGAACUUGCUCAGAAUCAUGAAUUUUACAAGAAUGCAGAUGUUCGACCUCCUUUUACAUACGCUUCCCUCAUCCGACAGGCAAUCUUGGAAGCUCCCGACAGGCAGUUAACACUCAACGAAAUUUAUAACUGGUUUACAAGAAUGUUUGCAUACUUCCGGAGAAACACGGCCACAUGGAAGAAUGCCGUGCGUCACAACCUCAGUCUUCACAAGUGUUUUGUGCGAGUGGAGAAUGUGAAAGGGGCAGUUUGGACAGUGGAUGAAGUAGAAUACCAAAAGCGGAGGCCACCAAAGAUGACCGGAAGCCCAACUUUAGUGAAGAAUGUGAUCACAGGACUUGGAUACGGAGGAGCACUUAACUCAAGCUAUCAGGCAGCUUUAGCUGAAAGCAAUAUGCAGCUGCUCAACAACCCGACCUUAAUGAACCCCUCGGCCGGUGGCUUGAUGCACGUGGGUCACGAUGACGUCAGCAGCACCGUGGAGCAAGUGAACAGCAACGGCAGCAGCAGCCCAGGGCUGUCCCCUCAACAGCACGGGCACCAAGUGCACAUCAAGGAGGAACCUGCAGAGUUGGAGGAGGACGACCCGUCUGUCUCAAUUAUCGCAACCGCCAAUGUGAAUUCGGAAAUGCAGGAUGCUAGAGAGAUGGAGGAGGAGCUAACAGCAGAGGAAUUGGAAUAACAUGGAACUCGAGCACUUCAAGUUAUUAAACAAAAAACAAACAAAAAAAAAAACAGGGUCAGACCUCAUACCUGUACAUCCAUCAUAACAGCAUCUCCUGGGUCUAACUCACCUGGACUGAGUGAUCAAAGCAAGGAGCAAGUUCUUCAAACACCGAUAGAUACUUGAAGACUCCAAUAGCAGCUUUGAUUGUCCAUUAAUAAUGGAGCCUUGGAACACAAACCAACUUGUUGGGUGUAGCUUGAAUGGCUCCAACUUAUCAAAGCAAAGCUGGUGACCAUUUUAUUAUCUUUCUUCCCAAAUGUUUUGUCACUAACACAGCGAUGAUUAUAGUCUUCUGACUGCCAGGUAGUCACACAGACCUGCAAUGUGAAUAAGUCACUUAUUCACUGAUAGGGCCCCAAACAGACUUUUUCAACCUGCUUUAAAGGUACCUCAAUUUGAAAUUUUUGUAUCCAAUGCUGUAGAUAGCUCAACAGGCACAUUGUAUUUAAGCAGAGAGUAACUGUGGAACUGUUUCUGGGGUAUCAGAUCACGCUCACUGGCCUAAACAUCUGAGGAGAUUCAAACGAAAGAGCUAUCGAGGACAGUGUUAACUUGUCUUUAAACUCCCACUGCUAUUUUAGCUUUUGUGUUUAUGUCUGGAACAGGGGAAUGGGUUGGGGAGGGGAUUGGGAUGGGAGGGAAAAGGAAA